AUGCGCAGUCGCCUGACUUUGGUGGUCAAGCCCAGCGACACGGUGAAGCGCCUGAAGCAGCGCGUGGCGCUCGUGGAGCCCCUGCCCUUCCCGGACCAGGAGCUGCAGCUCGAUGGAAAGACUCUGGAAGACGAGCAGAGGCUGGAGAUGUUGGGGGAUGUAAGCCUGCGCCUCAUCGUGCGUGCCACGAGCCGCGCCUUUUGCAUCCAACUGGCGGAGUUGCUUAAGGCUCGUGCCGUGCCGGUGGUGGAGCUGGCCCUGCUCUACAGCCACAAGCACGGCGCGACGGUGAAGCACGCCUUGUCCAUCCUGGGCUUCCAGGGCAGUCUCUCGGAGUUCCUGGGCGAGCAGAAGCAGUUCUCCGUGGCGGAGUCCGGUCUGGUCUCCUGCACUGGCUUUGAGGAGGAGAAGCUAGAGAAGGAGAAGGAGAAGGAGAAGCCUUUCAGCAUCAACGCCUGCCUUCGGGUGAAGAGUACGCUGGGCAACGCGGUGGAGGUCAGCAAGGCGCUGCUGGUGCAGAGCGGCUCCACGGUGCAGCAGCUGCAGCGCCGGCUGCUGGAGGCGGAGCUGAUCCCCUUCGAGGCAGCGCAAGUGACUCUCGCGGACCAAGUGCUAGCAGGCCAGUGCCAACUGGGAUCUUAUGGCGUCAAGGCGGGCGAUGCGUUGACGAUGACCCUGGAGAUCUCUAAGGACAUGCUGCUUCAUCAGCUUGCAGGGCUCUUUGAAGGUCGCGGCCUCUCGGUCACGGAGCUGGGCAACCUCUACUGCUACAGGCACGGGGCGCCGGUGACGCGGGCCCUGGAGUUGCUGGGCCUCAGGGGCACCACGAAGGACUUUUUGAAGGAGAACAAGGAGCACUUCAGUCUCCAGUCAGGCUGCGUCACCCUGAAAGAGACCCGCCCGAACGCCGCGGAAGGCGAGCUGAACCGCCGUUACCUCGACCUGGACGCGGAGAUCAGCAGCCGCCCGGCCGUGCAGGAGGCCUCCGCCGCUCUGGAGACGGCAAUCAAGACCGCCACGGAAGGCAGCUUCCUGAGCGUGCACAAGGCGCUCCGCGGCGGCGCGGUGGGCCGCGGCACCGCCGUGGAGGGCAGCUGCGACGCGGAGGCGCUGCUGGUGGUGAAGGGCAUGCCGGAGGUGGAGCGGGGUACUUGGAUGCCGCCCUUGCUGAUGGCCCUGGUCGUGGCUUUGCAGGACAUGGGCUCCGGAGAUGCGUCCGUGGUGGGCGACUCGGUGCGCUUGCGAUUUCCAGGCUUCGAGGUGCGCCUCUCCCUGGACGCCCCCAGCGGCCCCCUGGCCCUGGGCGCGGAGCGGCGGCAGCGCGGCGCCGCGCGGCUGGCGCCGGCCACCAAGGUGACCAUGCGGCUCCUGAAGUGGUGGCGCAACCAGCAGCAGUGGUCCGACCGCUGCCGUCCGGGCGAUGAGCUGCUGGAAGAGCUGGUUGCCUCCACCGCGGACACCACGCCAGGAGACCAGGUCGAGGCAGUGCGUGCGGCCCUGGGGGCGCUUAUGUGCUAUGAGCAGGUGGACAACUCGAAGGACGGCUUUGACCACACUGAGAUGGUCAAGCGGGCCAUGGAGUCAGCUGGCCGCCUGCUGUGA